AUGCGCACAAAUAAUAAUGUGUUCAAAUACGCGCCUCCUAAUCACAAUGUGUUCAAAGUGAACGGCAGUGCAUUCAAUAACUGCGUAGUUCCUUCAUCAAACUUGGCUCUUUCUACUGGAAAUGACAUAAUCACUCUCAGUACUCCAGGAAAUAAGUGGUACAUUUGUGGUGAGGGUACCGGUGAUAAGAAGCAUUGUGAGCUUGGCCAGAAGCUCGCCAUUACUGCCGUAGAGGGCGUUGCUCCUUCGGCCGCUUUCAAAAUUGUGUCAUCUGCUUCUUCACUUGUCGAUGUGGCUGCCGUGGUUUUGGUCACCUUCAUGUAA